AGUAAAAUCAGUUGGAAAUCGACGCGCUAACGUUAAAUAACGUACAGAAAAAAAAAAUAAAUAAAUAAAUUAAUAGAAUAAAAAUAUUUUAUAUAUUUUUCAAAAAAAAUUCUUAAGGAAUUAUUGAAUAAGAAAAACAUAAUUAUGAGUAUUUUGGACAAUAUUUAUAAUUUUUAUCAAAAUCUGGAAAAUUAUGCUGAUCCACGAGCAAAAGAUUUUCCACUUUUAGGUUCAGUAUGGCCGACAAUAGGUUUAUUAGCCGUUUAUAUGUAUUUUGUACAGAAUGUUGGUCCGAAAUGGAUGAAAAAUCGAAAAGCAUUUGAAUUAAAAACUGUUAUUUUAGUUUACGAUGCUAUUCAAGUUAUAUUGAAUUUUUUGGCAGCUAUGCUGGGUGCAUAUUCAUUUAUAGCAUUAUAUAAUACAUUUAAUAUUCGAUGUGCUAUGCCAAGUCUAUCUGAUGAUUCGAUGAGGGGUUAUAUUGAAUUACGUCUAUCAUAUUUUUAUUUUCUAUUAAAAAUUGUAGAUUUAAUGGAUACAGUAUUUUUUGUUUUACGAAAAAAUUUUAGAUUGAUAACAUUUCUUCAUGUUUAUCAUCAUGCUGUAAUGGUGUUUAUUUCAUAUUUUUAUUGUAAAUAUUAUCCAGGCGGUCAUUCAGCAAUGAUUGGUUUAGUAAAUUUAUGGAUUCAUGUAAUGAUGUAUGGAUAUUAUUUUGUUGCUGCUCUUAAACCAGAAGUACGUAAUUCAUUAUGGUGGAAAAAAUAUAUAACUUUAUUUCAAAUGGGACAAUUUGUGUUUUUGAUAUGUUUCAUGUCACUGCCAUUUUUCGAAGAAAAUUGUAAUUAUAGUAAGACAAUUCUAGUAUUUAAUAUAAUUCAAAGUGUUGUAAUGUUAAUAUUGUUCAGUAAUUUUUAUAUUAGAUCUUAUAUUCUUCGCAAAAAGCCUAAAACAACAUAAAAAUAUAAAUUACAUGCUUAAGUAUUUAUAUUAAAUAUAGUGUGAUUGAAAUUUUAUUAGAUUAAUGUAUUCUAAAGGUUGGUUUUAAAAAAUAUAAAAAAAAAGAAAAAAAAAAAUAAAAAAUCAAAAU